CAAAUGAAAUUUAAAAAGAAAGUCUAGGCAAUUAGAAUGUGGGGUUCGUUCUGAAGUAGUCCAUAUUUCUUUAGCCAACAUGAAGCAAAAGGAAAACUUUUGAGAAAUACCUCAACUGAAUGUUUUUAAAUAUAAUAAUGGCCUCCACCAAAGGACAAGACGCCGUUCUCUGCCGGAUGUGUCCCAAUCCUGUAGAACACCAUUGCAACCUUUGUCAUGUUGACCCUUGCACCCAAUGCAUCCCGAAGCACCUUGCGGACAACACCAAGAGACACGAAGUCGUCGAGUCUAUCAACAGAAAAGAAGGACUUAUUUUUCCUGAAUGCAAAUCCCACGAACAAAAGCUUUGCGAAAUGUUCUGCAAUGAUUGCAGUGAGCCAACCUGUGCUUUGUGCGUAACAACUACACACAAAAAGCACGACAUUACCGACAUUGGAAAAAAUAUCGAGAACAUAAAGCAAAAUAUCAGCAAUGAUUUGACUGAAUUAGAAAAUACUAUUUCUCCGAAAUAUAAAAAUGUCACAGCAGAUAUAUCGUCUGCAGAUUUUGAUCAGGUUCUUUCUAAUAUACAGCACCAUGAAGAUAAAAUCUGCAAGAUCGUGCGUGGCAUAGGAAGCCAAAUGCGAGAUGAAGUUUCCAAACAAAAACAAAAAUCUGAAAAGAAGAACAAAGAAAUCCAGUAUUUGGCAGCUGAAACCGAAAAAGAACUGAAUCGAAUUAUGCAGAACAACAAAUUGGUCCUCAAAUCAUACGAUGCCGCAGCUAUAAUGGAGUAUAAGUCGGUUAAUGAUAAAUUUAGAGAUGGGAUAAAUAAAUCUAGGAUACCCUGCCCAAGCUUCUUACCUGGUUUGAUUGAACAAGACCAGAUUCGUUAUAUAUUUGGAGGACUCCAAAUGCAAGAGAGUAAUUUAUCAAACAAGAAGCCUGCGCUGAAAAUGAGGGGAACCCCCGUGGUGUCAAAAACCAUUCAAAGUCCUUACGGUCGUAAACGUUCAGAGCUUUGGAGAAUAGCAUGUGAAGGAUCAAAUAAGUUCUGGACAAGUGGAAAUGUAAACAGAAUUAGCCAAAUUGACAGUAAUGAGUCUGUUUUGAAAACCAUUGAGAUUGAAGACACAGUCAUUGCUCUAUCACUUGAUAUACACAAGGACUUGGUAUUUAUUGUAAAUGUGCUAGCCGAUACCAAAGUAUUCAAGUUUGAAAGUAACAAGGUUGUUACCUUGCUAAACCUCACUAACUGGUGUGUUUCAGGACUCUGUCACACAAUGAAUGGCAAUCUCUUGGUAAGCAUGCGCUCAAAAGAUAAGAAACAGAGUAAAGUAGUACAAUACUCCGGGAUAACACCGAUUCGCGAGAUUAAAAAUGACACUCAAGGAAAACCGUUGUUUUCUGUUGGAACUACAGCCGUGCUUCACCUGAUUGAAAAUGGCAACGGGGACGUAUGUGUUGCAGACUGCGCUGGACUGUCGGUUGUAGGGGUGGAUCUUUCUGGAGAAUUGCGAUUUCAGUACAAGGGCAAUGUUACUACAUUCUCCAAGUACACCAAAUUUAAACCUUCCAAGAUUAUCAAUGAUAGCCAACAGCGCAUACUUAUCAACGAUGAUUCGAACGACAUUGUCCACAUCAUUGACAGUGACGGUAACUUUAUCCGGUAUAUCGAGUAUCCGUGUAAUGGAGGUAUGAGUGUCGACACUGACCAUAAUCUGGUCGUCGGAGAAAGGAAAACCGGAAAAAUCCGAAUAAUCAAAUAUCUUGAGUAGCUAGGGUUCGAUGUAACUUUAGCCAAAUAUGUUUAGAUUCCAUGUUUCGAUUGGUACAGUAUUUAGAAUAUGUUCAAUUUAUUUAACUAUACAUAUAUACACAUGUACUUCUUUCUGUCUUUAGUUCUAUGAACGAAAAUUCUCCGAAAUUUAAUGAUGAAAGUCUUAAUUUAGAUUCCAUAUUAACGUAAUUAUUCAUACAAUAUGUCAUACAACCUGAGUUGUCCUAUCGAUAGAUUAGGUGUUGUAAAUAUGACAACUUGCAAUUAGAUUCUUUCAU